AUGAGUGAUGAACGUGAUGAUGACAGCUUCAUGGUAUCACUAGAAGUAAACAAUGUCAACCAAGUAAAAGCUGGUGAGGUCAUCUGGGUUACCCCAAAGAUCAACGGACACACCCUGAAAAUGGAACUCGAUACGGGCUCAGCAAUAUCCACACUUCCAUUGCAGAAAUACAAGGAUAUGUUUGCAGACACAACUGGUGGACACCAAAGCCAUGUUGAAAACCUACUCAGGAGAGAAGAUGAAACCAGAAGGAAAACUCCUUGUUUGUGUGGAACACACCAAUCAGUUGAAGUUGAGCUGAAACGUUUAGAAGAAGAAGGAAUACUGAGCAAAGUCAACUUCUGCAACUGGGCGAUGCCUAUUGUACCCAUCAUCAAACCAAAUGGUACAGCAAGGAUCUGUGGUGACUAUAAGAUCACAGUAAACCCCCAACUGCAGUCAGAGGAGUACCCUCUCCCUCGCAUCGAUGACAUAUUUGCUAAGCUGUCAGGGGGGGAGAAGUUCACCAAAAUUGACUUUAGACAGGCAUACCAUCAGAUGGAGGUGGAGGAAGAGUCACAAGAGUACCUGACAGUCAACACCCAUGAAGGAUUGUACCGAUACAAUCACCUGGUAUUUGGGAUAACGUCAGCCCCAGCCAUUUGGCAGAGAUCAAUGCAUCAAAUCUUAGAAGGAAUAGAAGGAACAAGCUGCAUCUUAGACGAUAUGAUAAUCACAGGAAAAGAUGACGAAGAGCAUCUCGCCCACCUGGAGGAAACACUGAAGAGGUUAAAAGAACAUGGCCUAAGAGCAAAUCGUGAGAAAUGUGAGUUUUUACCAGACGAAGAUCAUCUACUGCAGACACGAAGUGGACAAAUACGGACUACACAAGACUCAAGAGAAAGUUGA